AUGACGACAACACCAACAACUACAUUAACAAAUGCUGAACAGAUUCGAAUAAUAAUAUUAAAUGAAGGUGAAGAUAGAAGUGAAAAUAUUUAUCGUUUAAAAAAAGGAUGGAUUCUUCAAAUAAAACUUUCAUAUAAUUUAUCAUGGAGAAAACUUCGAAUAUUUACAAAUGCUUGUCUUAAAUCAGAAGAUAAAUUUCAACGUUCAAAUUAUCAUGAAUUAAAAUGGAUUUAUCCAUCAAUGGGAAAAUAUGAUGAUUCUGAUCGUUAUGUUUGUAUUCCAUCUGUUAAAGCUGGUUCAUUUCAUUAUUAUUUUACAAUUGAUGGAUCAACAACAAUUGAAAAUUUGAAUGGUCAAGGUUUUUUUCAAAUCGAACCUGAAUUAUUAAUUAAUGAUAAUGAAAUGUUAGAACAAGAUUUUAUAACAUGUCAAUCAGUCUUAUCGAAAUCCUUAGGUCCAAUGAAUGAAUGGUUAUCACGUAUUGAAGUUGCAUAUCAUUCUGGUUAUAAUAUGAUUCAUUUUACACCAAUUCAAUUACUUUAUAAAAUCUCUAAUUCAUCAUAUGCAAUAACAGAUCAUCAUAAAUUAAAUCCAUUAUUUGAAGGUACAUAUGAAGAAUUAAAAUUAAUUAUUGAUACAAUGGCAAAACAAUGGAAAAUUUUAUCUGUAACUGAUCUUGUUUAUAAUCAUGCAGCAAAUGAUUGUGCUUUACUUCGUGAUCAUCCUGAAGCUGCUUAUAAUUUAAUAAAUUCACCACAUUUAAAACCAGCUACACUUCUUGAUUCAAUUUUAAUGCAAUUUAC